CUGUACCCCCAGCUCCCUUCCACAGACACCCCCAGCCAGCCAUGGGGGCCCUGCCCUGUGUGGGGGACCCCAGCACCGCCCCCUGUUCCCUGUACCCCCAGCUCCCUUCCACAGACACCCCCAGCCAGCCUUGGGGGCCCUGCCCCAUGUGGGGGACCCCAUCACCCAGAACUGUACUCCCAGCUCCUUCUACAGACAUGCUAAGGCCCAGCCACCCCCUGCCCUGUGCCCAGAGCUAGCCAUGGAGGAACCUUGCCCCCUCCCCAAUACUUGUAACUUGCUCCCCUUGUACUGGCACCUCCUGCCUCCAAUACACUGGUGCCCUGUUCCCCAGGCACAGAGCCAGCAGUGGGGGAUCCCUGCCAGAUAAAUCCAAAUCUGUUACCUCCUCCCCUCACCCCAUAGAGCCUGUAGGAAAUGACAUAGCUCUAUUUGAAAACACUGAAACUGGCUCCUAAUGAAGCAGGAAACCGAUGAGCCCUGUCAGCAAGAAACAUGUCACGAAUAAAAGGGCUGAGCUUGAAAAAUCUCAUGCAACCCCCCCACCCCACCCCAUAGGCGCCUGUGAAAAGGGGUCCUGCUCCUUCCUAGCCACUGGCGCAAGCUCACAAACACCACAGUGGAACAGAGGAGCGAAUGGCACAGGUGCUGGUGCGGCCUACAGGACUGUACUAUUGCAAAUGGCGGGGCAGACGUUCAGUACUAACCAGGCAAGCGAAUGGCAGCGUGUUUAGUAGGCACUGCAGAGGUGAGAAUGGCACCCUUGGAUGUCUAGAGCUGUGUCAUCCCUGCCAAACCAGCCUGUAGUUCAAACCCCUUUGCUGCCCAUCCCGAGGAAACCCCGUGUGACUGAGAGAAUUGAACAGAAAUCGUGGUAGAAGUUCCCAAACCCAGACACAAUCUCCCUCUUGGGGAAGCAGUGUUGCCUCCUAAGGGGCUUCUGCUGUACCGAUUGGAGGCCAGUAAUCUAUAGAUUCCAAGGCCAGAAGGGAACACAGGGACCAUCUGGUCUGAUCUCCUGCAUAACGCAGGGCAGAGACCUGCCCCACAAUAAUUCCUAGAGCAGAUCUUCUAGAAAAAUAUCCAGUCUCCAUUUAAAAAUGGUCAGCGAUGGAGAAUCCACACCAACCUUUGCUAAAUUGUUCCAGUGGCGAAUUAUCCUCUCUGUUAACAACACACACCUUAUUUCCAGGCUGAGUUUGUCUAGCUUCAACUUCCAGCCAUUGGAUCAUGUUAGACCUUUGUCUGCUAGAUGGAAGAGCCCAUUAUCAAAUUUCUGUUCCAGUUGAAAAAUUCUCUUUCAACUAUGGGCGAAACGUUCUCCCGGUUCUGGAAGGUCUCCGACCAGAAGGAGAGGGGAGGGAAAUCGAUUCUGCGCAGGAAAUCGGCUGAUGAGGAUGAAGUCACCAAUUAUGGCACUAUCAAUGGAGGAGACUCUGCCGCAUCCUGCAUGCCCUGUGUGGGCACUGUGAGUCGGGGCUGCAUCAACUGCCCAACGUGCCAGGGAACGGGAAGGAUCCCCAGGGAGCAGGAGAAGCAGUUGGUGGCUCUGAUUCCAUACGGUGACCAGAGGCUGAAGCCCAGACGAACGAAGCUCUAUGUGUCCCUUGCCGUGACGAUUUGCCUGCUGAUGUCAUCUCUCAUCAUCUUCUUCCUGUUCCCUCGCUCCAUUGCUGUGCAGCCCGCAGGGCUGAAUGCCUCCUCCAUUGCCUUUAAUUCCACCGUUCUCAGUAUCGAUCUCAACAUGACAAACGUGUUGAAUGUAACCAACAACAACUUCUACCCAGUCACUGUUACCCAACUGGACAUUGAGGUCUUACACCUGUCCGUGGUGAUAGGGAAAACCACCAAGAAGUACCUGCUGAAUAUCGGCCCUUUGCACAGCAGCCAGAUCUAUUAUGCAGUCUCCAGUAUUAUACGGGACUAUAAUACCUACAACAUCUGCACCUGGAUCAAAAUCAAAGUCCACAACGUUCUACUGCACAUACAGGGCACCCUAACCUGCUCGUACCUGUGCCACUCGGAGCAGCUGGCUUUUGAGAGCUACAAGUAUGUGGACUGUAGAGGGAAUGCGACGCUGCCUCACCCGCUGUACCACCGCCCACCAUGAUGGGGUCACUGGACGGUGACAUUCUUCUGUCGCAAAGGCAAGUUGUACCAGGGACACAGCAACUCCAGGGGCUUCUCGUCCAAGCCACCGUGAUUUUAAACAGGACGUUUGGCUCUCCCUUGGGAGGAGACGUUCAGUCUGCUGCUGUUUCCUGGUUACAGACUGAAAGAAUUUCAUGAACUUGGAACACGCUGCUCUGAGUUUGCAAUUCCCCUUUGUAUCCUGUAUGGGGGUUGGCAUCAGCAGAGUGUGCACACUGUAUAGGGAAAUUGCUGUAUUAACUGAUUAAGAGAACUCUGCUAGGUUGUUAGCUGCCUUGUCCUGUGCAGUAUUUCACUAUUGCACUAGGGGAGGCAUUACCUGUUGGUCAAAUCAGCUCUCCUGCCAAAUAACAUUUUUGUGCCUGUGCCCUGUGGUGUGGGCGCUCUUGGCUGGAGAGCAUCCCCUAGUGAUUAUUGGAUAGCAAUCACACCCCGGCUCUGCGAAGCAGGGAGAAACCCAACUGCACUGACAUCUAAGAACCUCUGGCUCUUAAAUAACAAGCACUGAAUAAUGGGCUAAAACUCUGCCUGGUUUGCACCGAGAGGGGUAAGGGUGGUGUAGUGGAUGUCGAGGGAGGCUGGGUAAGUAUGUUCAGUCCCUGACUUUUCCUAAUCCUAUCAGAGGGAUUGUCUCGCAUGAAGGGUUGUGCAGUCCAGAUCGAUGCAGCGGCCACGGUCUAUCUUGUACCCAAAGUGAUCAAAUUCUGCUGCAUCCUUGCAGCAUGGAGGCAGGGAGGAGAGGGAUUGCUACUUCCCAGAUGGCAGAGGAAGGUGAGGGGCCCAUCAUGCAUUCUCCACACAGCACAUGCCAUUUUCUGGGGCACUCCCUUGUGGGCUCCUGUAUUAAGGAGUUUAACUUUAAUGAGUGGCAGGAGUCUUACUUGGAUAAGAAAAGCUCUGUUCAUGCAAAUGCCAGGAAACAACAGUUGCCGUUUAUACCUAUUUGUAGCAUUUUCUAUGAGGGAAGGAGCUCUGGCCGCUCUUCCACCCUCUCUCCAGAGCCUUGUACGGUACAGACUCAUUCUCUGUAGGAACAGCUCAGGCAGAGGAUGCACACUCACGUUACUGCCUGCUAGACCCAUGGGCAUAAGCACCCUCCUUAGAUCCCAGCGUUGCUAAUGACUGGCACAUUCUGCCUGGAUGGAUGGAUGUAUAGAAAUUGCUGGGCAUAUGAUCUGACCCAGAGCAGCCCAACAUCGCCCUAAACGCCUCUCCAGCCAGAUGGGACACGGUGGGAAAAGCAACAUGCAUCAGAGUAGUUGGGAGAGGAAACCUUUGUGCCUCAGCAAAGAACUAAUCACCGUCCACAAGACCCCUGCCCCUGGGGUGGCACUCAGCAGAGACUCCAAGGAGCCUGACCUUCCUAGAGGUCCCAGCAGGGCAGUGUUCUGUAGCUUGCCUUUCAUUUACCUGCUCUGUGGAUCCAGAGGUCCAGUCUCCAGGGCUCCCAAACUAGCACAUUUCAGCGGAGGCAUGUUAAUCAUUAAGUGUCUUUUCCUGAUCGUUUAUAUGUUCCAUGAAGGUUGCCAUGGAUUAAAUCCCUGCCUGAGGCAGGGGCGAGGAAGCACCUUGUGUUCUGAAAGCGUCUCUUGUCCUUUUCCAUCAUCUCUCACUGUAUGUUUGUAUUCGCGGUGUUGUUGCACCUGCUCUGCUAUUCUCUUCUCGCUGUCUCUGCCCCGGCACAGUUGUUGAGAGCUGGCUGUGCUCUGGCAUGGCUGUGCCUGUGUUAUAUGCCUGCAUCAGUCUGUUCACAAAUAAAAAGGGCUUUGUAAAAUCA